CGUGUUUUCCGACUGAAGACAUCUGUGGCGCGUUAGUGAAACAAAAGGAAGUCAGCCAUUACUGCUAUCACAACCGAGGGAGUGAAUUUUAAAAUCAUACUGUAUUACACAUGAAAUAAAACAGCAUAUUCAGGAUUACUCUCACAACAACAUAUUUGAGAUCGAAAUGACACAGAGGCUUUUUUGAUCGUCGAAAGACAAACUCAUGCACGCGCAGAGGGACAUCCCUCCAUUGGGGUGCAUUUGGGCCCCGUUGUGGCCCUAGUGGACGAUGUACCGUGCUGGCGAUAGGGACUAUCAGACAUCGGCGAGGAGAAUGGGAACCUCCCUGCUAUUCCAGUUGUCCGUACACGAGCGGGAGUUGGACCUGGUCUUCCUUGACCACAGUUAUGCCAAGCCAUGGAACGCGCAUCCUGAUGCCAGCAGUGCCAGGCCCACGCGGAUGCUGUUUGUCACACCUCGGCGACAGGCUGAAGGGACAGUUGAGUCUGAGAUCUCGGUGGAUGUGGAGUCAAUCACACCUACCGCGAUGCCACUCUAUGACAAUGAGAAGGCACGAACCGUGAUGAACGAGUGUGAGCGCCACGUUCUCUUUGCUCGCACCGUUGCCGACGGACCCCCGCCACCCGAUGACUGGGAGGAACACAUCAACAAGACCGGGUGGUCCAUGGCCCAGAACAAGCUUUUUAACAGGGUGCUGAAGGCUCUGCAGGCAGAGCGACUCGCCCGUCUAGCCAACGAGAGUAUUGUGCCAUCACAGGCCUGCAAUGAGCCAGUUCAGAGGAGGAUUGCUGUGGACAAGUGCGCAAGGAAGGUGCGGCAUGCCCUGGCCAGUGUCAACUGGGACACGAAGCUGACCCAGUGGCUCCACAGCACCCUGGUGGAGUCCCUCAGCCUGGCCAUGCUGGCCGCCUACCUGGACGUGCUGCAGACCCUCAAGAGCAAGGUGCCCUCUCUGAUUGACCGGAUGCUGCUGACCUCCUCGGUGAAGACUGGAGCAGCCGGGUCGGAAGCGCUCUCCCUCCUGCUCAAGCGUCCCUGGGACCCUGCAGUUGGGGUCCUGUCCCACAACAAGCCAAGUAAACUUCCUGGAUCCCCUCUGAUCCUGAUUGCUCCAUCAGGACCGACCAACCCGGCCUUCCCUACCUCACGCAGAAUGCGCUUCUGGCAGUCCCAGCUGUCCUGUCUGGGCAAGGUCAUCCCCAUUAACACCCAUGUGGUGAGCAGCGGGGCAAACAUAGGCAUCACUCAGUGUCUGGAGCAUAUGAUCGGCGCCGUGAGAGGCAAGGUCAUGGAGGUCCACAGCCAUUUCCCCCAUAAACCCAUCGUCCUGGUGGGCUGGAACGCAGGGGCACUCAUUGCCUGCCAUGUCUCGCUAAUGGAGUAUCUGACCGCUGUGGUGUGCCUUGGCUUCCCACUGCAGACAGUCAAUGGGCCCAGGGGGGAUGUGGACGACCCGCUGCUGGACAUGAAGGCGCCGGUGCUGUUUGUGGUGGGCCAGAAUGCCCUCCAGUGUGGCACGGAGGCCAUGGAGGAGUUCCGUGAGAAGAUCCGCGCCGACAACAGCAUGGUGGUGGUGGGAGGAGCUGACGAUAACCUCAGGAUCAACUCCACAAAGAUGAAAGGUGAAGGGCUAACGCAGACCAUGGUGGAUCGAUGCAUUCAGGAUGAGAUUGCAGACUUCCUGACGGGGGUCCUCACGCGAGGCGACGGUCAUGGUCACGGCCCAGGGGAGAUGCGGGACCUCGACACUGAGAAGAAGAAGAAGCCGCGCCGCGAGCUGCCCUUUGACCUGGACCGGCCACGGCCCUCCUCCCCAUCGGUGCGAGUGCCCAUCUCACCCUCGGGGUCAGAGUUCCCAGUUUGUUCUCAAAGAAAAAGGAGUUCUGGGAACUUUCAAGGAAAAGCAGUUCAAGCAAAAGGAGUUCUGGGAACUCCGGGCCAGAAUUCUAUACAAGACAUGUCCAGCGUCUGCAGCAGCCCAACGUCCAGUCCCAAGCCCAAGACCACAGGUCUGUCUCCUGCACAGAAGUCCAGUCUCAUCACGGCCACCCAGCUGCUGAAGACCCACAUGCAGCGAUCCGGGACGGUGCUCACGCACAAGCAGGCACAAGCUCAGUUUGCAGCUUAUUUGAAACAAAACAUGCUUGUGAGGAAAAGCCUUCCUCCUGGCACCCCUUCCUGUCUCUUUGUGCCUGUGUCAAGCGAGCCUACGGAGAGUCUGGACCGAGACGAGCAGAUGCGACUGCAUCUGAAGCGGCGGCAGACGCCCAGCCCCACACCCGCCAAAGCCUCCAAGCGCGCCAAGAUCAAAGUCACCAUUGUUUCCCAUGGCGACGCGGGGGGCGCGACCAUCAGCUCGGCUGCUCAGGAAGUGGGCUCGUCGGUCAAGCCGCUCGCAGUUGCCAUGGGGCAGACCGUGCCGGGCGCGAAGGAACUCUCUGGCCUGCUCACCGCACAAAGGUCUGGCCUGGCGGAAGUUUCCGGUUCCAGUUUCCACAACAUCCAGAGCUGCUCAUCCUCGCCCGUCCAAGCAGCUGCUCCUACCACCAGCCAGGCUCCCUCCGCCAGUAGUCUGCUCCAGGGCCUGAGUUUCAGUCUGCAAGAGAUUGUGACCAAGUCCCCCAGCCUUCCCUCCACGGCGCCCAGUGUGGCCAGUGGGACACAGUUUCGACUGCUGACUCUGCAGUCAUCUUCAGGAGAUAUGACAAUCAAGGUCACCAGCGGAAAGCCCCAGGGCCAGGUGUUGGGUUCUCUGGGCGCGGUGGGAGGUGGCACCCUGGUGCGGGCGGUGCCCGUGGUCUCCACAGGGUCCGGCAUCAGCAAGACCACGGCCAUCCACCAGCUCCUCACCAAUGGCGGUCUGGCCAAACUGGCGAGUAGUCUGCCAGGCCUGGCGCAGGUCUCCAACCAGGCCGCCGCCGCCGCUGGGCUGAAGGCCCCCACCACCAUCACUGUGACGCUGCGAGGCCAGCCCAGUAGAGUGGCUCCUCUUGGCCAGACUGCGGUCACUCCACCCCCAGCCAGACCCCCUGACAACAAGUGACAGACUCGAGCUCUAGCAUGUGUCUAUUGAUGCUGACGUGCUGUCUACAGUGACCGUGUUCACCCAUUGGAUCAUCUCGCAGGACCAGCUAAAAGGUGAGAGCAGGAACGAAUUGCUCUUCAUCUGUUCAGCCUGUUGCUAACAUUGGCGUGUAUAGGCUGUGUCCGAGCUUCAACCAGGACACUAUCCUGAAGCGAUCUCACAGGAAGUGGGGGCAUCCUAACCUCUACUCCUUCCUGUUCAUCUCAAGACCCAAAGAAAGGCCCGUUGGUCCUAACGCUGGCUCUUUGGCCUAGCUUUCUAAGUAUGCUUCAUCAUGCUUUAUCAACAGCUCUUUAAGGAUCUCUUCACAGAGUCUGCUUUAUGUUGCUGCCGGUUUUGAUAAGUGUGAUGUCUGUUUGUAAGCCUAAGCCUUUUGAUUGCAAGACCUUUUCCGUUGUACUGUAUGACUCUUGUAACCAUACGUUUUAUUUGAUGUUCUUCUGUAUGUUGACUAUAACUUGACUAAUCAAUGUGAAACAAAUAGCUCAUAAUGCUGCUCUGGCUCUAUAUGAAGGCUUAUCUUAUUAACUUCAGUUGAACCCCAGAGUGAAAAAGAGAUUGAUGCCUGCAUUCAUUAACUGCUACUGCCUCUCCAAUGAAAACUUAUAGGAAUUAAUUAUUGAAGGCAGAGAGUUUAACCUUGAAUCAAAGCUAAGUUUUGAAAGGCACAUUGCUGCUUUUGCCAGCACAUAUUGAUCUUGGCCUUGCAAAUCAAAAAAGAUCUCGUCAAUAAUCGGGCGUGUUUGGAUAGAAGCCACAAGAACACUGUUACCAAUUAUCCUUUUCUGUGAAAUAGAUGUAUGUCCCCAUGUUUUGUCCAGCAGCUGUCCUUGGGGCUGGUUAUGGGCUAAUGUCUCAUUCCAUGCAUUGAACUUCAAAGUGCCUCUGUAUAAAUUCUUUGAAACAUCCUGUUACACAAUAUUAAUCCAAAUAAUCUUUUUUUGUUUUGAUUUUAAUGUCAAUCUGGCACAACAGGCUAAUUUUUGUUCAAAUUACCUGGCAAGUCUACAGGUAAUGAAACAGUCUGCUAUGAUGAGCUUAAAUUAUUUCAAGAAUGUCAUGGUUUAACUUUGGGUGACACAUAACUCCAAAUUCAGUUCAUGCUUUCCAGCAGUAAAGAUAAAAGAAUCAAACUUAAUGAAUUGAUUAAGUGGCUGCAUUAAUAUGGCGGCAUUUGGGUAUCAAAUUACCUAUAGUUCUGUCUUAAAGCAGGGUUCUGUCACUGACUUUUUUUUUUUUAAGGAAACAGGUGGUCUUAAUUCUUAAGGUCUUAAUUAGCUCUCAACGUUAAGGAAGUUCAAGGGAAAUGCAUGUAUUUGAUCAUGCAAAGUGUGCGUUGGACUUUAAAAUCCAGAAAUGCUUCAGGCUGUACGCUUAGGUCUUACAAUCUUACCAUUGCAAAAUAAUCACCCUGCCCAUUGUACACAUUGACAGUGUAUGAUUGCAAGUCUGUAUAACCGUCAGACUGCAUAACAAGCCAUGGGAACAUAAAACUACAUUCUUAUGUGUUCUGUCAGCCAGAUUGUGUAUAUUAGCUUUUCAGUUGCAAAACUGUUAGAUCCUGUUUUGAAUUCCACUGGUUAAGUUUUGUAUUGGGGGAGGGUAUUCAAAUCACUUUAGUUUAGUGACAAAUGUGGGUAAGGCAUAAAGUUUGAGCAAGUGGUAAACCUCCUAAUUGAAGACCCCUAUGGCUUCAUUUUACUAGCAAAACAAAGACAUGGGUCUCUUCUUAUAGGGGGUUUACUACUUAUGCUAAGUUAACAUACCCAGGUCUAUCACUACCAUGUACUAACCCUUUCUCUGUACUUGGAAUACCCCUGUUUUGUAUACCACUGGUUAUGUUUUGUACUGGCCUUUUGUCUUUCCACAUACAGUAAUUGAUUAAGCUUUGUGCUUAGUUUCAUGAUUUUGUUUGUUUGUGUGUUGGCCUUGAAAGAUAGACUAUGGAAACAAUGGUUGUUGCUGUUAAAUAUAUACAGGGAUUCCUGUUCCAUGUUAUCAACUGUGUCCCUGGCAAAAAAUGUUAACUUGGCAAUAAAACGGCUUUUGAAUGAUGAAA